UCGGAGCAAGUGGAGCUGUGGACUGGAUCGGCUCGGCGGACUAUUUUUUGACCGUGCCAAAUACCCGAGCUUCUUAUUCGUUGCCCAAUCUGAAGUGGUCAAUGCCAACGAUUCCUCCGAAGGCGAUGGGCCGGCGUGCAGGUGAGCCAACGCGAGGACAGGCACCGCUUCGCACACGGGAACCGUGUCGCCCGACCUGAUCCGCAUUUGAACACUUGGAGGACGCGCAGGGAAGCGUCUUUAGAGACAGCAUGACCGAUAUACCAGGCGCCCAUCUACCAAAGGAGAACGGACACAUCGCGCCGCCGCCGAGCGGCAACUUUCCCCAUCCCUCCGCGGGCAACGUGCCCGAGGAAACCCCGGUGUCUUCAACCAGUGAGCUGACCCAGGCAUGGGUCAAUGUAGCAAAGACGUUUGUUAUCAUCUUCCCCAUUUACGCAUUGGGCUAUUUUGAGUUCAGCUUCAGCUGGCUGUUGAUUGGACUUGUUAUCUUUUUCUGGUGGAGGAGAAACACUGAAGGGAAGCGCAGCCGCCUGAAUCGAGCUUUCGCUUUCUUUGAGCAAGAUGAGAGAAGUAUCAAGCAGAGUGUUACGAUCUCUGAUUUACCACCAUGGGUCAACUUCCCGGACAUAGAGCGAGUGGAGUGGCUGAACAAGACCGUGAAACAGAUGUGGCCCUACGUGUGCCAGUUUGUGGAGAAGCUGCUCCACGAAACCAUCGAGCCGGCGGUGAAGCAGUCCAACGCCCACCUCAGCACCUUCCGCUUCAGCAAGAUCAACAUGGGAGACAAACCCCUGAGGAUCAACGGGGUCAAGGUUUAUACAGAGAACGUGGAUAAGCGACAGAUCAUCAUGGACCUGCAGAUCAGCUUUGUUGGCAACACUGAGAUCGACAUCGACAUCAAACGCUACUACUGCAAAGCCGGCAUUAAGAGCAUUCAGAUCCACGGCGUGUUGAGAGUGGUGUUGGAGCCGUUGCUGGGCGACAUGCCUCUGGUUGGAGCCCUGUCGAUUUUCUUUCUCAAGAAGCCGCUUCUGGACAUAAACUGGACUGGCCUCACCAAUAUACUUGACAUUCCUGGGCUCAACGGAUUCACUGAAAAUCUGAUUCAAGACAUUAUCUACAACUAUCUGGUUUUACCCAAUCGUAUCACCAUCCCACUGGUCGGGGAAGUGGAACUGGCCAAGCUGCGCUUCCCCAUGCCCAAGGGAGUCCUGAGGAUUCACUUCUUGGAGGCUCAGGAUCUGGAGGGGAAGGAUACAUUUCUGGGAGGGCUGAUCAAGGGCAAGUCUGACCCGUACGGCAUCCUGCAGAUCGGCAACCAGCUGUUCCAGAGCAAGGCGGUGAAGGAGAGCCUCAAUCCCAAAUGGAACGAAGUCUAUGAGGCUCUGGUGUACGAGCACUCCGGUCAACACCUGGAGAUUGAGCUGUUUGACGAAGAUCCCGACAAAGAUGAUUUCCUGGGAAGCCUGAUGAUCGAUAUGACUGAGCUGCACAAAGAACAGAAGGUUGAUGAGUGGUUUGACCUGGAAGAAACUCCGACUGGAAAACUCCACCUGAAACUGGAAUGGCUGUCUCUGCUCUCCACUCCUGAGAAAUUGGACCAGGUGCUGCGUAGUGUACGUGCAGACCGGAGCCUGGCCAAUGACGGACUAUCCUCAGCCCUGCUCGUGGUCUAUCUGGACUCAGCAAAGAACCUCCCAAGCGUCUUCACGGGCAGCUUAGGCUGUGGAAACUUAAGAGAGAGGAGAGCAUCUGGUCUAGUCUUUUAUGAGAGCGAUACUUCAGAGUAUAGAACACUUUGUUCUGGGAAGAAGAGCAGCAGCGAACCCUGUCCGUACAUCCAGCUGACCGUAGGACACAAAACACUCGAGAGCAAGAUCCGGUACAAGACCAAGGAGCCUCUGUGGGAAGAUUGUUUCUCAUUCUUCGUUCACAAUCCCCGGAGGCAGGAGCUGGAGCUGGAGGUUAAAGACGACAAGCACAAAUGCACCCUGGGUAAUUUGACGGUGCCUUUAAGCGGCUUGUUGGCGGAGGAGGAAAUGACGCUGACGCAGAGCUUCACUCUCAAGAACUCCGGGCCCAGCUCCACCAUCAAACUCAAGAUGGCCCUGAGGAUCCUGUCCCUGGAGAAGCAGGUGUCCUCAGACCAGCCCUCCGCCGUCCGGGUCAGGAAGUCCAGUGUGCCGCAGCCGACCCCGGCGCCCACCCAGAGGCGAUCGGCCUCGGAUUCCCCGCUGCCUCCGCCCACGCCUCCACCGCGUACCGGCGCCUCCACCCUCAACCUCCAGCACAGGGACGGCGAGCCGUACUCAGCCAGCCCUCGCCGCAGCGUCUCCAACCUGAGCAGCUGCAUGUCGAGCUCCCAGAAGCACCUGCCUCACAAGGAGUCCACGCCCAGUCUGGCCUCGGACAUCUCGCUGCCCUUCGCCACCUUGGAGCUCCAGCAAAGGCUCCGUCAGCUGCAGAACGGCUCGGCCCCCAGCCAGUACCCCCUGGGCGAGGUCCAACUGACUGUCCGCCACAGCUCCCAGAGGAACAAGCUCAUUGUGGUGGCGCACGCCUGCCGUAACUUGAUAGCCUUCACCAAACACGGCUCGGAUCCCUUCAUCCGCCUCUAUUUGCUGCCUGACAAGAGCCGGACGGGGAGGAGGAAGACGGGCACGAUGAAGAGGACCCUUCACCCAGUUUAUGACCAGACGUUUGAGUUCAGCGUGUCAAUGGUGGAGCUCCACAGGAGAACUCUGGAUGUAGCCGUGAAGAACAGCGGGAGCAUCCUGUCCAAACACAAAGGGCUUCUGGGAAAGGUGCUGGUAGAUUUAAGUGGGGACGACAUAUCAAAAGGAUGUACACAAUGGUAUGACCUGAGUGAAGACGGCGUGUCGUCUCAGAGCAUAAGAAGUAUUCAAGACUCCCUCUUCACAUAGUGAGGCCACGCUUCUGCUGUAAUAUAGGUUUCUUGUUCAUAAAAGGGCACACAUCAUUUUGUUGUAUUCAUGUACAUUUUUCAUAUAUUUCACAGGACUGGUUUUGGCAUGCGAGACAUUUUUCAAACAUGUCCUGUCAUUAUUUAAUGAAUGGAAGAUAUUGUAACAUAGUGUAACGUGAUGAAACACACUAAUUGCCUUGUCUCUGUUCUCAGUGUUUUAUGUAAAUAUCAAGUCGCUAAUAUUUAAAUCUUUGCAGGGGUUUUUCCUGGCCAUACAUUUUCCUCUGAGGUAAUGAUAUGGAAAUCUGUCAAAAUUGUUUCUGCUGCCCUUUCCUUUCGUUCAAAUGUGCCAAAAUCUGUUUUGUCAUUUGAGAAAACUCUUACCAAAGGUACAGGUACAACCACUAAAGUAGGCUUAAGUAGCAGUCUUGACUUUGAUAUGUUUUUAGUCAUGCAGUGUUAUCUGAUUAUUUACUUCUUAUUGUUAUUUAUGCUUGAUUACAAACAUGGAAUGCAGAUAUGCAAAGAUUAAAAUGAUAAUUGUGUAUAUUUUAGGAUGAUUUUGUGCAAUAUUUGGAUGUUACUGAAGACCUGGGGGCAUUUUAGGGCUAUGAACAAGUGCUGUAUACUAUGAUGGAUACUUGAAUCAGGGUUUGAUGGAUGUUCAAACCACACGUGAGUCGAAAAAACUGAAUAAUAUGAGCAGAGACAACAAUAAAUGCAUUUUAUGAGCAGGGCUGCCAGAAGUUGUUGUUACGAUGAUGGGGCUGUAACGUUGUCAGGCUUGUACAUGUUUUGUCAUACAGUCAUAACUGUUGGAGGUUUUAAAUACUUUUCUUGUUAUCUAUCUUGUGCCUUAAAAAACCCUGCUAUGUAAUUGUUGCCUUCUUAAUGUUAUUAUCUUUGAAUGGUAUGAUGCCUCAUGGGUUUUGAGGAAUAAAUGUUUUCUCUUGUGAAAAUGGUC